GAGGCGGAGCAGCCGAGCUACGAGACGGGACUCCGCGCUGGGAGAGCGACGAGCUCGCGGCAUUCCCGCCCGGAUGGACAGAGCCACGCCGGCGGUCCGCCCCGAGUCGCUCUAGCCCCCGCCGGGUCCUGCGGUGCCGGGCUGGGCUACGGACGCAGGGCACGUCCUCUCCCUGCCCUCGCAGACGGCCCGGGACCGGCUGUCGCUCCAGGGAGAUGUCCGGUGGCCGGAGGAGGGGCGGCGCCCCCUGGCACAGCCUCUCCCGGUUCUUCGCUGUCCGAAGCCCUUCCCGGGACAAGGAAGAGGAAGAGGAGGAGAGGCAGCAGACAGGCCAGCCGCCUGCUCCGGGCCGGGUCCCUGCCAGUGUUGAAAAUGAGCCCAUGAGUACAAGUCAGAAAAAGGAAAAUGUACUUUCAUCAGAAGCAGUAAAGGUUCCCCAAAGUGAGCACAAAAGGAACCGUACUGAGAAGGUGACCCCUCUUCCAGUGCAAGAAGAUGCCAGAAAGCCAAAUGACCUUUCCAGCUCCACUCCAGACAGCAAGACAGGAGAAAGCGAUCGGCAGCCAAAAGAAAGCUUUUUCCAGUUCCUUGGUAACUUAUUCAAUAUCUCUGGAAAAUCAUCUCUUGGUGAGGCCAGGCAGUCUUCUUUAAAAGAGGACCAUGACAGAACUGAGAAAGGUUGGCCAAGUGCCAGGGACCGUCAUGACGACGGGGUCGAGGAGGAGAGGGAGACUGUCAGUGACUCCCUGGGGGCGCAGACACUUCCAGCGGAGGAACUGGAGACCACCGCCUCUGAGCUCUCGGAUACCUUCUCUUUGGAUACAACGCAAGACAGUGAACAGGAGACCAGUGAUUUCAUAAAACAAGCGGAUGGUAAACCAGAGAGGCCUUCAGUAACUUAUGCAACGUAUCAAGGUCCCAGACAAAUUAGGAAAUAUUUGAAGCAACAGAGCAUGUUAGAAACUGUGAAUCCCUUGGACAGAGAAAAUGAAAGUUCCGACUCUAGUACAAAUGCACACAUUGGUCCUGGGAGUGAGAUUGAGGCUGGGAUACUGUCAUCUUUGUCAUCCUCUAGCACAGACCUAUCUAUGCAAGGGCAUAUGCCGGGAGACCCAUUAGAAGACUCUGAUUAUAGCAGAACAGGUCUCAGCACAGAAAGCCAUCCAACAAACAACCCAGAAGUGCUGAAUAUUGCUUUUUCUAAGGAUGUUUUAAAUAAAAAUGGUCCUGGGGGGCCUGAGGAAAGUAGGUCAUCCCCUUCUUCUGUGACUAACUCUGGCUUUGCUGUCGGAGAAUCUGACUCAGAACACCAUUUAAGUUGUGUACCAGUUUCUCAGACUGACAGGAACUUGGUAUGUUCAGCAUUGUUUACAGGACGUUCCAUUAGCACAGUUCCUCACAGCCCAGACUUUCAGGGGAUAACUUCUACAGAGACUACAGCAAAAGCAAACAGCUCCAUCAUGAGUGGUGGGACACCAGUGCAAAGAGCAGAGCGUGCUGGGCCCGAGAGCCCUACUGUUUCUGACUUCUCUUGUAGUAAAUCUGAUGGAAGAGACACUACCAAACAGGAAAGUGCAGAUUUGCCAAGUCCAAAUAAAUCAACUAGGCAUGAAGACUUGCAGUCUCCAGAGAGCAAGUGUUCUGACAAGCAAACUGUAGAUAACUCAUCAAAGCAGGGUGCCAGGCACACCAUUGCUCUUCAGAGGCAUGCUGCGACAGACACGGAACUUGUGCAUGAAGGCAGUAGGUUGUCUGCCCAAGAUGCACAGAAAAAGUUGGCUGUUACAGAAAUCAGGCAAGAAACAAGAAGUAUCUCAGUCAGUGAACCCUCAACCUCAAGCCAUGCAAAAGCUCCAGAAGAUGAAAUUGAGUUAUUAUCCAAAGAUACUGACCAGGUGUCUGUAACAGAAACCAAAAGCCUUGAUUUGGGGCCACCUGGCAAAGUGCCUCACAUUCUUAGAACAAAUCAAAAGGACCCUGCUGCUGUAAAGUGUAUCGGUGAAUCAACAGUUGAAGCACACUUAGAAAACAAAAUAACCCCUGAACUGACUUAUGGACUUUAUAGAAGUCACGUUUCAGAAUCUUUCCCUGACUCUAAGAGUCCUCAACAAGCCAAAGUAUCACCUAAUACCAGAACAUGUUUUACCGUUGACUGUAAAAAAUCAAAUUUCAGUGCUUCAUCUCCUACCUUUGUUUCUGGAGUUGGCAUACUGAGCAGGUCAGAUCCGCCUGUUGUAAAGAAUGAAGGGUCUUCCAUGCUCAUUGAAAGUGGGGAUGUUGAUAUUUUUGGUGUUUCCAGUGAGCCUAAUGAGUGUCAAGAAGAAAAUGUAGUGAAUCACGUUGAGUCUGCAGACAGGAAGAGUCCUCCAGCUUGCCUUUACCGUGAGCAUGCGUCUGUGAUUCUUGAAUCAGAGGAAGUUCUUCCCGACAGGAAAAGAUACCAGGUUCCCCUGGACCUUGAAGCCAGUGGUACCCAUUUGACUAGAGGGGACUCGAGAUUUGAGUAUAAAAGCAUCUCUGAGGACCACAGUUCCACUUCAUCUCCAGGCCUUAACAGAGAAGAGUUAAUGCUUUCCAACAGUAAAGCAAAGAAGAGCACUACAGAGAAGUCUGGUUCUCUUUCCUUGGAAACCAAAACUAGUAACAUUGCUAAAGUUUUAUCAAAAGCUGAAGUUGAUGGUCAGAACACUGUUCCUAUUGAGUCACAUUCUAGAAGAGGAAAAACUGUAGCCCUUUCCAAGAUAUCUGUUUCCCAAACAGAGCCUAGAGGUAUUUCUCAGGACAAAAUUUCUCCUCCGUUUGAAAUUAUAGAUGUGCCGGCAAAGCCUGUUUUAUCAGAAUUAACCCCUCUCGAGGCUGAACAGGACAAAAGUUAUCAAUUGGUAGACCAUGAAGAGAUUAAAGAGACGUGUUCAGAUGCUGGGCUUAAAGAGAAUUGCCAAGCUGAAGUUUCUCCUUCUGUCUCCAGAUAUCAAGGUGAAAAGGAAACAGAGGUAGAAGUGUUAGGUCAUCCUCCUUUUAUUCUAAAAAAUAAUACAUAUGGGAUUUUACCUCCUGUUCAUGAUGAAAAAGCCAACACUUGUGUCAUUUAUGAACCUUCAGAUAUUUGUAGGACUGAAAAGAUUUCAGGUUUUGCAGAAAUGGAAGAAUUGAGCUUAACUAAUACUUGCCCAAAAUUCCAAGAAACUGACAGCACAAAAGUAAGUUCACCUUUUCUGGGUUCUAAUAUCACUUUGGAAAAAAACAGUUUUGCAUCUGAAGAUUCAGGCUUUCUUAACGUUCCCUCUGUGCCUAGAUCCACAAAGAAAGCCUCUUCUCACGGAAAGAAAGAGAACACCCAUGUCCUAAGUGGUGGUACUGAUAGCAUGUCUUCCUCCAGCGCUGAAGAAGGCAGCAUGAUUAAAAGGUCACAUCAUCCCCAAAGUAAUUUUAGUUCUGUAGAAGUUACUGCAGAUGUCACACAUGAAGGUGCCAUCUUAACUAGCCUGCUGCACCCUGAAAGCUCCUAUUUAGGAUUUGAACCAUCUAUACCAACAGGGGCAGAAGUGACCGCAUCUCAGGAACAUUCUGAUAAUUACACUAGGGAGGUAUCUCUUGGUUUCCCAACUGCUGCCCAGUUUGACAGGCCGAUGGAAGGAGAGACUGGAGCAGUUGCUGGGGCCUCAGCGUCAGUUAACAGCUCAGGCCAGCAGUGUUCUGAAGCAUCUGCUGAGCAUGUAGCAGCAAGGAAGAGAGCACGUGACCAAUUUUUGGACAUCAAAAGUAUUUCACUUAACAAGGCUGAUACUUUGAUUGGUGAGGUUAUUAAUUCUGUUAGGGAAGACCUCAAAUCCAAACACACAGUUGAUCUGUGCCAGGAGCAUUUAGCCAAAAGUGGCAUAAUGAAUCCUGGUUCCCUGAAAGGAGAUGACACAUCUGAGAAGAACCCAUCAGAUGUGACACUGGCAGGGAUCCAAGUGACAGAGCAUUUGGAAGAGCAGGACUUGGAAAACUUGUCAGGAGCCCGAGGGGAAGAAGAGACCUGUGUUUCACCUGCGCCUGGUGAGAAGAGUCUCCUUUUUGAUUCCGAUAGAAAGAAUGUGUCUUGUUUGUUAGAAGAUCAAGCUAGGGAAUUAGUCAAUGAGAUUAUUAAUUCAGCCCAAGAACAUAUAACAAAUGAUGCUUUUGGAGAUACUGAGAAUACCUGGGUCUCUGAACUUCAGACUAAUACUUCAAAAAUUCUGAACAGUGAUAGUGUUACGCCUCGUGUAAAGGAGUUCUUGGUGUCAGAACAGGUAGUAAAUCAAAGCACAUGUGAAAUUAGUGAAAAUAAGGUAUUAGGUAGAUUCUUCACUGGAAGCAACUUAGGUAGUGACACAGAGUCAUUUAAAGGAAAAGAAGUUGUCCCUUAUCCAAAAUCCCCAUCUUCUGGAAAUGGAGCUGGACAGUCUGAUGCUAUAAACUUGCAGGACUCAGAUACUGUUUUACUAGAUGAAGACUUGCCCCAUAAAGGCUUAGCUGAUAGAGGAGAAGCACAUUUACUUCUCAAAGAGGACUCUAAAGAGAAAACGGAAAUAGAAUAUGUGGAUAAUCACAAAACGGGGAGAGAGGAUGCUAGAACUCUGGUAUUAAAUUUGGCAUGGCCUCCAUUCACAGAUGAUGACAUCCAUGGACCUGGGACAUCCAAAAGCAGUUUGUCUGACAGCCUUGUGUGUCUAUCUGAAAAAGGCUUGCUGGGACACGGUAAUAAAAGCACUCCCCUUGCCAUGUCUGAAGUAGGGAAAGUACACAAAAAGGAUACUGAAGUAAAUAUAGGAAAAAUGGAGUUUAUCCCUUCCAUGUUAGAAAUGGGCAAAACACACAAGGAUGCUGAAUUGACUAGUAUGAAAAAUGAGGCAGUCCCUCUUAUGUCAGAGAUGGGAGGAGCACAUAAAAGGGAUGAAGAGUUGAAUAGCACAAAAACUGAGCCAACAGCCGACAGUUUUAAAAUGCGAGAAGUAUACCAAAUGGAUGCUGAGAGGUAUGAAAAAACAGAGGGAUUACCUGCCCGUUUAGGGAUGGAAAAAGCUCAUAAGAUGGGGGACACUGAAAGAGAUAUUGGCAAAACUGAUGUGAUGCCUGUCGUGUCAGAAGUGAAAAGCAUCUAUCAGAAAGAUGCUGAGGGAAUUGCUGGAAAGACUGAAGUGAUACCUGCUACAUUAGGAAUAGAAAAUAUGUACCAAAAGCAUGCUGAAGGUGAUGUUGGCAAGGCCGGGGUGACACCAGUUCUGUCAGAAAGGGAAACUACCUUCCAAAAAGAUGUUGAGGAGAUUACUGAAAAGGCUGAAGCGAUACCGCCUACACUAGAAAUAGAAGAUAUUUACCAGAAGGAUGCUGACGGAGAUAAGGACAACAUUGAGGUGAUGCCCGUGGUUUUGGAAGUGGUAAAUGUCCACCAUGAAGAUGCUGAGGGGAUCCCUGGGAAGGCUGAGAGGCCUGUGCUGGAAAUGGAAAACACAUUCCAAAUGGAUGCUGAUGGAGUUACUAGGAAAACUGAAAUGGCACCUUUUGGGUUGGAAGUGAAAAAAGCACACAAGAAGGCAGCCCCCGCCUCUUUAGAAAUGGAAAAAGCAUGCAAAAGGGAUGCAGAAGGGACCAUUGGGACCAUUGUGUCCAUGCCCUCUGUGAUAGAAAUGGAGAGAACAUCCCCAGAAGAUCCUGAUGGGACUAUUAGGAAAUACCCCAUGGUAUCUGCAGGGGUAAGUGUGGGGAUAACAUACGGAGCAGGUCUGGAAUUGCCCGUUACACAAGCAGAGGCCACGCCUCCCAUAUUUGAACCUGAUAAAGGAUCCCAAGAGUAUGCUGAAGAGAGUAUUGGAGAAAUGGAGGAAGAGCUCUCUGAAGUAAAGGAAGGCUUAAUAGCACAUGACAAUAGACUUGCUUCAUAUUUCAGGGGAUAUGAGUCACCUACGUUAAGUAAGGAUUAUGAAGGCUACCCAGCCUUAGCAAUGCUAGAUUUUGAACCUGUGGAUACCAUAGGAAGGCUAGACAACAGAACAUAUGUUACUACAGUGGAUGACAAUACAAGAGAUCUAGGUGAUUAUAGUGAUGAAAAAGAAGACUCUAAUCUAGCCUUCAUUUCGCAGGAUGAACAAGAAAGUUCUUCCUUUACUAUAUUGUAUGAAGAACCCCUUCAAGAUGAGGACAGGUAUGCUACUGCCAAAGUAAGAAGAGCACACAGUCUCUUGUUUCCUGACACACCCCCCGACAGCAUGCCUGUCCUCACAUGUGAAAGGUCUGAGAGUAGAACUGACCUGGUCCAUCAUUUUGAAAAGGGUGCUAAAAUAGAUAGUGAUAGUUCAGAAAAGUUCUUAUCAGUGGAGGCCAAAAGGUACAAAGUUUAUCCUUUAGCUUUGUCUCCCAUUUAUGAGGAUGACAGCUCUCAGGAGGACAUUCUGUCCAACGAGGCCUCGCCUGGGCAUCAUGGUUCCACAAAAUCUAGAGAUGGUGCCAACCAGCCCUGUUCUGUUUUAUCACUUCUCCAGUCAGUAUCAGAGCGUUUAAAGAUGAAUUUUGAUGAAGACGACAGGCAGGAGUUAGGGGAAGAGGAAGAAGAAUCAUUGCAUAAAGGAAGUCUGACAGCUACAAGGGGGGAAACCGUUACCAUCAAGCUGCCAGAUCCUUCAGUCACCUUCUACCCUGAUGAUGACCAGGAAAGGACUGGAAUUUCUAAGGGUUCAUCUGUAAGGAUAAAUGAACCAACUACCUCCAAUCUGCAGAUAGGUCUAUGGCCAGAAAAGGCCUCCUAUCUACAAAAAUCUGACCUUACCUCUAAACUCCAUUCUUCUGUAAAGAGUGCUUAUCAUCAGUAUUUGCAGACUUCGAAAACCCGUUGCUCAGAAAAAGGAGCCAGAUUUGGUGGGACUUUGCAGGAACCAGUGUCAAAAUAUUUCCGUGCUCAAGACAACUCAGGCAGAUUAAGCCCAUUCACAGAGAAUGUUGACAGACAAACUCUGAGAUGUAACCCAAGACCUGGGAAGAUGGUUAUCUAUGAUCUCCAUGGAAGUAAAUAUAAACAAGAGGUCUAUUGUAACAUUCUCGAUGCUACCUCAUGGUCCUUUCCGAAUGGGGUACUGAUAAAAGUUGUAAGGGGCUGCUGGAUUUUGUAUGAGAAGCCACAUUUCCAAGGUCAGAAAUGUGUGUUAGAAGAAGGGGAAAAGGUAUUAAAUCGUGACUGGAUCCUUCAGAACAGAAAGCGCCCACAAAGAAGUUUCGUAUUGGGCUCUAUCAAACGUGUCUUAAAAGACUGCAGUAUUCCAGAGAUAGAACUUUGCCCACAGUCUGACCCAGCAUGUUGUCCUAUCUACAUACAGCAAGCAGUCCCUAAUUUGGAAGAGCUGAAUAUCCCCAAAUCUGUGUCCUUCACUGUGAAGUCAGGAGUUUGGCUUGCCUACCCAGAUAUUAAUUUUAAGGGACAAGCUACAGUUUUGGAGGAGGACCAUGGGCUCUUUGAGAUUUCUGCAGCAGAAAUGAAAUCAUUGCAUCCACUUCAGAUGGGUGGACUAAAAGUGGAAAUGCCUAUGAACUUAAAGGUUAUUAUUUAUGAAAAACCUCACUUCCGUGGACAGGCCAAAGGGUUUAGUGAACAUAUAGAUUCUGUCCCAAAUUUUUUAAAAAAUGAUGGAGACUUUCAUGGAAUUGGAUCAAUUCGUGUCAUUGGUGGAGUGUGGGUUGCCUAUGAAAAAGAGCACUUUAAAGGCCUGCAGUUCUUGCUUGAAGAAGGAGAUUUUGAAGACAGCACUACCUGUGGGGCAUUGAGUGGCCCCAUCUUGUCUUUCCGGUACUUACAAGCUAAUUUUAUAGAAUCUUCCAUCACACUGUUUGAAUCUGACCUGGAAAGUGGGAAGUUUAUUGACAUUACAAAUCAGGAUAUCUCUGACUUAGAAGAAAUAGGCUUUGGAAGCGAAACAAGAUCCAUUCAUGUUAAAAGUGGAGUAUGGGUUGCCUACCAGCAGAAGUUUUUCUGUGGAGAACAGUACAUUUUAGAGAAAGGGAAAUACAAAUGCUUUUUUGACUGGGGAGGAUCAAAUAACAUAAUCAUGUCAAUACGACCUAUCCAACUGGAACCACUUGGAAUAAAUGAGCCUCCACACUUGCUCAAAGCAUUCAGUAAACCAGCAUUCCAAGGUGAAUGUAUAGAUUUUACAGAAGAAAUUUCUGACUUGACUUCAUUCACACCAUGUUCUUUCAAAGUUCUUCGGGGUUGCUGGCUCCUGUAUUACCAAGAGGACAUUUCUAAUAACCAGUGUGUAUUAGAAGAAGGCCUGUAUGCUGACCUACCUUCUUGUGGCUGCCCGACAUUGACAAUCAAAUCCCUCAAGCCCAUUGACUAUGUUUUUGAAGAACCCUCCAUCAGCCUUUUUGCUCUGGAACAUUGUGAGGGAAGAGAGCUACAUCUAGAAGAGGCUGUGAACUCUGUUCUGAACAAGGACCUGCACUUCUACACGCAGUCCGUGUGGAUAAAGAGUGGACUGUGGGUAGCUUAUGAAGGAUCCAAUUUCUUGGGAAGACAAAUCCUGCUCGAGCCUAAUGAGAUCCCAAAUUGGACAGCAUUUAGUGGAUGGAAAACAAUUGGUUCCCUCCGUCCUAUGAAGCAGCCUGCAGUGUAUAUCAGAAUACGGAACCGAGCCCAGAAUGAGUAUCUGACAGUCACUGGAAGUGCAGCCGACACAAGGGCAACAUCUGUGUGCGUUUCUCCCCACAGCGGAAAGAACACCCAGAUCUGGCACUACUGCCGAGGGCUCUUCAAAUCCAAGGCCACUGAUACUUGUCUCGAUGUGAUUGGUGGCCGAGACACGCCCGGAGCUAAAGUAGCCCUAUGGACCGAACACGGGCAAUUCAGGCAGAAGUGGAGACUAAACAGAAACGGAACCAUCAGCUCCUAUCUCAGCGACCAACUUGUCCUUGAUGUUAAAGGAGGAAAUUAUUAUGACAAGACUCAUGUAAUUGUAAAUCAGCCCCUGGAGGGAGAAGAAACACAGAAAUGGGACAUUGAAAUACUGUGAGAGAAUUAGCAGCAUCCCUAGAAUGAGCAAGGGAAGAAGGCACCGCACCUCCCUCAUUAAGGAAGCUGCUUGUCCUGGCGCUCCUGGAUCUCUGAGGAUGAACUUUGAUGAAGCUCCCUGAUAGACUAUUGCCGUUUACCAAGGGGAAAGCUCAGAAUGCUCUUGCCAAUUAUUCAAUGGUCCUAUGAAGAAUAUGCCAUGAUUUCUGGGAAAGGUUCUAGUCCUACUUGAUCUCCAGUUUGGGUGAGCAGGCUUCCUGAAGGAUGUUUUCUCUCCUAGCCACCAAAUACGACCCCUAGUCCUGACAGCCACUAAUGAGGACACUGGUGGGGCUGUCGUCCCUGCAGGAGUUACUAAUAUCCCAGCAGAUGCGUGUAUGAGUGCAAGGCGCAGCGAAAUCUAUUCCUAUAGGUCAAGUCAUACUUUUGUGAAAAGAGUAAUGUUUAGCACUAUUUGAAGACAUAUUUAAUAAACCUUCCUGUUAAGCUGCUAUAUUAGCUAAACCUUAAAGGUUUUCUAUUGAGGCUUUUAUAAUUGAAGCAUCAUAAGUAUUCAGACUUGUAACUGACCCCAGAGAGGGGCCUCAGCUUUAUUAGGAAAAAGGCUUAAAUACUGCAGUAUUUUUUUGCAGCCGUUCUUUGCUCAGUCCUUCAACUAAAGAAGCACAAAUAACCUGUGACCAUCCUUGAGCUCCAAGUAUUAACAAAGACAGCCUUCUGGGCCACAGGACUCUAACCAAUGUUUACCUAUCCUGGUGCUGAGACCUCACCCUAGAUUUUGCCUGAUCUGCCCUCAAGAAAUGUUUAUAAAGAUUGUGUCACCUACAUAUGAGACAGAUUUUCCUUUGCCUCAAGUAACUGGAAGUUUCUAAUGUUCAAAUUAAAACCAAGUAUUAGAGGCCUCACUAUACCAUUUUACUACAAAAAUGUUUAUGUUCUAAGAAAUGAUAGAAAACUGUUUUUCACUCCCAUUUUAAAUAGCUUCUAUUUAAGCAAAAUCAGAUAGGACAUCAUCUUGGACUUAGUUUCAAGUAAUCAUUACCACCUUUAACUAAACAAUUCACAAGCAUUUUUCCCUCCAGAGUUGGUCUUAAACUGACAUCAAGACAACUACUUCCAACUACUUCCUCCAUGCCCAACUUUUGCCAGAAAACAGAAAAAGUUCUGUUCAAUUUUUAUAUAGAAAGAUUAAGUUCUCCAACGGUAUUUUUAAAAAUAUCAACCUAUAUGCACUUUAGAAUGUAAAAUAAGAGUGAAUUGUUUAAACUCAAAGACCCACUAUUUUGAGUAUUUUUUUAUAGAGACUUGGUCUUUCCAUGUAAAUAUUGAGGGGGUUUUUCCCUUUAAUCUCAGGCUCUUUUGUCAUCUUUCAAAGCAGCAUCUGUACGCCCUUACGCCCACAGAUACGAGUGCCUCUCAUUAGUGCGGCAGUAUUCCUUAAUGGAACUUACAAGGGUAACUUUAUUUGAAAGGGGGUGCUUGUGUAUACAAUAAGGUAUGUAUACUGUCAUUGUAAAAAACCAAGUUAAAAUUUUUUCCUUCAUGUUAAUUGUUUAAAAUUUUUCUAGAGCCAAUGAGGCUCUUCAAAGAAGUUACUUCCAAAGAACAAAGACAGGUAACAAUUGUUACAUUUAAGUGAUUGAUACAUUUAUUGUAGUUGUGCCUUUUCUACCACACUGGAUUAAAUAAACUUGUCAAAAG